GGGCUCAUACGCACCUCCUGAAGGUCAUGAACAUUUUUGUCCCCUAUUUGUCGUGUGUGUUAUGUCUACAAUGGUGCUGAUCGAUUAUUGUCUUAUUCUUGCCUUUACUAUUGGUUCCUCGAGAGACCCUUUUUACAAUUGUAGCUCUCGUAAUUGCGUCACAUAUUCUAAGCUGCUUAGCUGGAGUGUGCCAUGCGUCCUAGCGCUAAUUUACGUCGUACAAUUUGAAUUAUUGAUUACGAUUCAAUUUUGAACCCCAAAUUUUAAUUUCAACCAACGCAAUCUCCUUCUUUUCCUUUUUCCCCCCCCUUUAUUUUCGUUUUCUACAGCUUAUUCGAAUUUGGCGCCAAACCCCGCCUAAGAACAAAAAUAUAAAAACCCGAACCCACCAAGAUCCGACCCGUUUAAAAAACAAAACUUUCGACCUGUAACAAUUCUCCCACAUUGCAUCAUAAAAAUCCACUGGCACAAAUCCCAAUACAUACAAAAUUCUCCUCCGCCGGUAACCACCGUCUCAAUGGCGGACAUUCAACCGGAAAAAACCAACGUCUGCAUAAUCGGCAGCGGCCCCGCCGCACAUACCGCCGCAAUAUACGCCGCACGCGCCGAGCUAAAACCGAUCCUAUUCGAAGGAUGGAUGGCCAAUGACAUCGCGCCAGGUGGCCAGCUCACAACAACUACCGAAGUCGAAAACUUCCCUGGUUUCCCGUCCGGCUUACUCGGCAGCGAUCUCAUGGAUCGCUGCCGCGAACAAUCCAUCCGUUUCGGUACGGUAAUCCAUACCGAAACGGUUAACAAUGUAGACUUCUCCAGUACUCCUUUCCAAGUAAUGACCGAUGAACGAACCGUAUUAGCAGACGCUGUUAUCAUUGCGACCGGCGCCGUUGCUAAACGGCUCGAGUUUAUUGGUUCAGGUGACGGCGUAAAUGGCUACUGGAAUAGGGGAAUAUCUGCUUGUGCAGUGUGCGACGGAGCCGCUCCUAUCUUUCGUAACAAGCCGCUCGCGGUUAUUGGAGGUGGUGAUUCAGCUAUGGAAGAAGCUACAUUUCUAACGAAAUACGGAUCGAAGGUGUAUAUAAUUCAUCGUAGGGAUGAGUUUCGAGCUUCGAAGAUAAUGAGGAAUAGAGUGAUGAGUAAUUCCAAGAUAGAAAUCAUUUGGAAUUCUGUUGUUAUCGAGGCGUAUGGUGAGAAGACGGUGGAUGGAUUGAAGGUGAAGAAUGUGGUUAAUGGAGAGGUUACGGAUUUGAGUGUUGCGGGAUUGUUUUUCGCAAUUGGACAUGAACCUGCUACGAAGUUUUUGGAUGGGCAAUUGGUGUUGGAUGAUGAGAGGUAUAUUGUGACUGAGCCGGGGACGACUAAGACGAGCGUAAGAGGUGUUUUUGCUGCUGGUGAUGUGCAGGAUAAGAAGUAUAGGCAAGCUAUUACUGCUGCAGGUUCAGGAUGCAUGGCAGCUUUGGAUGCAGAACAUUAUUUGCAAGAAAUUGGUGCCCAACAAGGAAAAAGUGAUUGAUUAGGAAUAGGGAUUUGCUUAAAUUCCAUAGCUGUUCGAAUAAAUUAUUGUUAUCGUGAAUUUUAUGGUCCGGUCCUUCCCCAGGCCUUACGCAUAGCGGGAGUUUUAAUGCACUGGUUUAUGAACGAGAAGAAAUUUUUUUGUAAUGAUUCACAAGACAUAGGCCAUCCUUGGUACCUCAAGGUUGGAUGAAUUUGAUGGAUACAGUGAUUAUCAUUAGGUUUAUUGCAAUUCGAUAUUGUGGCCA